AUGGAAGCGGCAAAUGCUAACCUCAAUCUGGAGGAGGUUACGCAAAACGUGGCUGAGAAACAUUACCUCAAACUGGUUGAGGUUAUCCAACAAGCGGCAGAAACAUCCAUGCCUUCUUCAAGUGGGACAAGCUACAACGCGGUGAGCAAACCUAACCUCACUCCUGCUAAGGUAUCCGACAGUGUGGCUAAUCGGCUAGCCAUUAUGAAGCGGCGGCAGGAGGCGGAGAGGAAACGGAUGGAGCUCGAGUUGCAACUGGAGUUUGUGAAGGAGGAGGAGGACUUGUUGUCCGAGGAGUUGGGUGUGAUUGCGAUUUCGGGAGCAUCGACUGUGACACCGUCCCGGCCGGAUGGAGAAUCGAUGCGAGGCUCGCAGCGGGAUGAGCGUGGUCCCGCUCCGCAACUGGAAAGUGUUCAUCGAAACGUGCCAACCGAAUUACCCGAGUUUUCAGGGGACCCGGCAGAAUGGCCCGUGUUUAUUGCGCACUACGAUUACACAACGGAGAAAUGUGGUUUUUCCAACUGGGAAAACAUGAUACGGCUGCAGAAGGCGCUCAAAGGACCUGCGCUAGAAGUUGUGCGAAGCCGUUUAGUGCUACCGGAGGUGGUGCCACAAGUGAUUGCGACGCUGCGAUCGCGCUAUGGUCGGCCGGAACAUCUCAUUUCAGCGCUGAUUGGGAAAAUGCGUCGGAUGCCUGCACCUUGCAGGGAGAAGUCCGAUACUGUUGUGGCGUUCGGCGAGGCAGUGCGGAGCAUGGUAGAUCACAUGCAGGCUGCUGGUCUACGGGCACACUUGACCAAUCCGUUGCUGCUGCAAGAGAUCGUGGAAAGGUUGCCAACGAGCGAGCAGUACAGCUGGGCACGGCACAUACGAGGCGUGACGGAACCGGAUCUUAUCGUGUUUAGCGAAUUCAUGACGGAAUGGAUGGACGAUGCUGAAACGUUAACCAGGCUGGAUUCACCCUCAUUGAAAGCAGUAGACAGGAAGAAACCUAACACCAAAGGUUACGUGCAUGCGCACGUGGAAAACCAGGGAGCGACCACAUCGGGAACAAGGGCCAUCCAGGUAGGACAAUCUUGUUUUGUGUGUAACAAACGGGGACACCUUGUGAGCAAAUGCUUCGCGUUUGGAGCAAUGGCGGUGAAGGACCGCUGGCGGAAGGCCCGUGCACUUUCUUUAUGUUUUAGCUGUCUGGAGCGGCACAACUGGCGGACGUGCCAAAACAGGGCGGUUUGCAGCAUUGGUGGGUGCACACGCCGACAUCAUGCGUUGCUACACGGCGCUGAGGAGUCUCGCGAGAUCGGCAGCGAGCAGAAUAAUAUAGAAAGCCGUGAAGGAGGAAUCGAUGGUGGUGUCAUUGCGGAGAGUAACCAUCACCAAUACGUGUCAUCAUCAUCGAAGGCGCUCUUUCGAAUAGUGCCUGUCACCGUGUAUGGACCGGCUGCUACGGUGACUACGUUUGCGAAUUUGGAUGAAGGCUCGUCCAUGACGCUGGUGAAUGACGAUUUGGCUGAAAAAUUAGGUGUUGAGGGCAAGGUGGAGCCACUUUGCAUCCGUUGGACAGGCAACACUACAAGGGUCGAGGCUGGAUCCAGACGAGUAAACCUGAAGGUGGGACCUGUUGGUUCUACAAAGCGGUUUGCCAUCCACUCGGUACGGACUGUGCCAGGGCUAAACCUACCUCGCCAAUCCUUCGUGCAGGACGAAGGGAGAUGGCAACAUUUGGAGCGGCUACCGAUUCGGCAAUAUCGGGAUGCGGAACCCAAGCUGCUUAUUGGGUUGGACAAUUUGCGGUUGGCGGUUCCUCUCAGGACUAAGGAGGGAGGCGUUGGUGAUCCAAUCGCAGUAAAGACACGUCUUGGAUGGUGUAUUUACGGAAAACCGGCGAAUCUGGAGUGUGAACGGUUGUUGCAUAUUUGUGAGUGCAACGACCAAGGCAACAUUCACGAGACGAUUCGGGAAUAUUUCGACAUGCAGUUGAUUGGUGCUGCACACGGCGUCGAACAGGAUCCAGAUGAGCGGCGUGCGAAGCAGAUUCUGGACACUACCACGGUACGAAUCGGGAUUACUGUGGAGGAAAGAUGA